UAUGGGCAAAAAUAUUGAAUAACAAGAAGUGGAGAAGAAUUAGACAAAAGAGUAGGUUUUGGCAAUCAAAAAGAAUAGAAUUACUAAAAUUGGCAAAUCCAUUAGAAAACUUGUUGUUUUAGACUAAAAACAAAUCAAAAAAGCUAUAAAUGCUUUAUUAAAAUACAGAGAAUCUACUCACACUGACAAUAUACUUGACAUAAAAGAUGAUUUUAUUUAUUUGGAAAUUGUAUUAAACAAAUUGCCCAUUAAAUAUUCAUUGAGACCUGUAUAAAUGUAUAAUAAUAUAAUUAAUUUCAAUUAGUAAAUUACCAAAUGCUAUUUACAAUUAAGAGAUGAAUUCUAAAUUUUGUAUAAUCAGCACAAAUCCUUAAAGACAAUUCAAAGAUUAAAUUUGUGAAUUCGAUAUACCAUUAAUCCAAAAAGUGAUUGGUUAUGGUAAAUUGAAUAAAAAAUACCCAACUUAUACAGAUAAGAGAAAACUAUUUUAUGAAUAUGAUUAAUUCUUUUGUGAUCAAAGGAUAUAUGGAAAUUUAGCAAAAGGAUUAGGAAAAAUCUUUUAUGAACGAAAAAAGUAAUCAAAUUUUAAUAUUUAGAAUACCUUUCCCAAUAAAUUGUGAAAAUAUUACUCAAGAAGCAUUGAAUGAUUUAUCAAACUCUACUUAUUUUAUUUAAGGAAAUGGCCCUGUAUAGUAAUUUUAUAUAAUAUCUUAGUACUGUUAAAAUUGGUAGAGUUGCAUAAACAGCAGAUUAAAUUACAUAAAAUGUUUUGGCAGCAGCAUAUGAUGUCUUACCAAAUGUUUUAUAAGAAAAAGGUAUGAGCUUAAGUUGCUUAAGAUAAUUAAAUGUUAAAUUGUCAAGUUCAAUAUCCUUACCAUUUUAUUCAAGACUUAGUGUAAGAGAGAUAGAAGCAUGGAAAAAUCAAUGAU